CACUUCUUCUCGCUGGGAACUGCCUGACCUUCGGCCCCUUUUAAGACUUGCUGGUGCACUUCCUGCACCCUACAGCGACCUCCGACAUGACGGAGGUGAAGUCUGGUGCUCCAGGAUGGCUUUGCUUGGCAGCCCCAUCAGUUUUGACCUUGGGCGCCCUCGCCUGCAGUUUAACCGCCAUGCGGGUGGCCUUUGCUCAGCAGUGGUCCUCAGCAGCUGGGUUGAUCAUCGCAGCUGCGGUCUUGGAUGGUUUGGAUGGUCACGUCGCCAGGUUGUUGGACGCGGUGAGCGUCUUCGGUGGGGAAUUGGACUCCUUGGGUGACCUGGUGAACUUCGGCGUUGCACCAGCCUUGGUGAUGUUCGCCUGGGCGGAUCAGCAGCGCGGCUCCGACGCAGGCGACGCUUGGGAUGUCGGCCUUUGGGCCUCUUGCGUCCUUUUCUGCCAGGCCUGCGCCCUUCGACUGGCGCGCUUCAAUUGCUCGCCGGGUGGGCCGGCCUAUCAUCCCCCCCCAGGGGAGGUGCUCGAAAAGCCAGACACUGGCAAGAGCAGCAGCGACACCAGCAGCACCGAUGUGCCACGCGCAUUCAUUGCACGGUCCAAGUUCUUCACGGGCGUCCCGGCACCCAUGGGCGCCAUGCUGGCCUUGCUGCCUCUCUUUUGGCAGCUGGAUUCCAAUGGAAUUCCCUUUGGCUGGAAGGUGCAUCAGGUGGCGAUUUCGGUGCUUUUGAUCUCGGCGUUCCUGAUGGUCUCACAUUUGAAGACCCUCAGCUCGAAGAUGUUCAUGAGAGAUCCCAAGAAGGCGUCGCACCUGCGCAUUCGCUCACCUUGGGAGGGGAUGCUGAAGCUGGCGGGUGUUUUGGGUGCUUUAGCCGCCGCCUUCUUUUGCUCGCCCUGGAGGAUGGUGUUGGUCUUGGAAUUUACCUACAUCGCCAGCUUAUUCGUCGGUCCCGUUGUUUAUCAUCUCCUGGCCGAAUGAUGAGGAUGCGCGGACAGUGUCCGGCGCGAGGGAUUCUCUGAAGCCGCAUAUUGGAGUGGGCCAUGUUGCAUUCUCAGAAGGAUUUCUGUGUUUAAUUGGUAUUCUGGUGGCUA